GGGUCCGGCGCGAGGGGGCCAUGGGGGCGCUGGCCGGCGCUGCUGCUCGCCAUCCGCCACCCCCGAAGCCUGGGACCAAAGUCUGGAACUCGUUCAGUUGACUUGAAAAGUAAAGAAACUGCCCUGGACUCUGUGUUCUUCUCUAGAAUUACUAGUUGGAGAAAUUCAACAGCUGGUGGACAUCCGUGGCAAGUCUCCCUAAAAUUAGGUAAGCAUCACUUCUGUGGAGGAAGCUUCAUCCAAGACGAUUGGGUUGUUACAGCAGUGCAUUGCCUGGGUAGCCUGGAUGAGAAGCAACUUAAGAGUCUAACUGUGACUGCUGGGGAGUAUAACCUCUUUCAAAAGGGUAAGCAAGAAAAGAACAUUCCUGUCUUUUUCAUCAACAGCCUUGGAUAGAGUUCUGAUAUUUCACUGCUGUAUCUAAAACACAAAGUCAAGUUUGGUAACCAAUGUCUUCCUCAUAGAGAUGGUAAAUUCGAAGUGGGGCUUCUUUGCAAGGCCAGUGGAUGGGGCACGUUUUCAGAGAAAUCAGAACAUUAAAAUGUCCUACAGAAAGUGGAACUUCCCACCAUGGAUGACAGAACACGUAAUGCAGUGCUCAGGGGUAUGAACCUUCCUCCCCUGGGAAGGACACUGCCGUGUGCUAGUUUUCCUGAUGGGGGAAAGGAAGUCUGCCAGGGGGCCUCUGGAGUACCGCUGACUUGUAGAAGAGGUGGUGGAAUGUGGACUCUUGCUGGGAUAACUUCCUGGGUGGCUGGUUGUGCUGGAGAUCCUGCCCCUCUCAGAAAUAACCAUAGAAGAGCAUCACCCGAUAUUUUCUCCAAGGUGUCUGAGUUCAUGGAUUUUAUCACUCAGAACAUGAUCACAGGUGGCUCAUGUAUCUUGAAAAUAAUGGUACCAGAAGAUAAAAUUAUCCUGAUAAAAUUUACAAGCUCAGACAUAGAAAAUCAAGUUGGAUGUAAUCAUGAUGAUGUAUCUUUACAAUCAAGCAAUGGCAUGCUUAUUUGUAAGGUCUGUGGAGCUAUGUCACCCUCACCAUUGUUGAUGGAGACCAGGGCUACAGUUCCAUUUGUUUCUGGUACAGAAAAUAGUGGCAGCAGCUUUGAGCUUACCUUUACUGCUACACAGAACUCAGAAGCAGGCUCAGGUUGCGGGAAUGUGGCUGUAUUGGUAGGAAGAGGAACAGUUCACGCUGCCGAUUAUACUGACUUGUAUCCCAGGGAUGCAAAGUGUCAUUGGUUCAUUCACGCUCCACAGCAACAUGUUGUAAAGGAAAAUGCUUUAAAUAAAAUUGGGGCAACAUCAUCUACCAAAACCAAUGCUGUACCUACUGCAAAAGCUAUUCAGUACGCUGGUUGGGUCAUUGACUUCAUCUUCUUUGCUGUAGACAUCUGUGGCAUCCCUCCGUUUAGUCUCCAGUGGCUUUUCAGAAGAAUUGCAGGAGGGGAUGAAGCCUACCCCUACUGUUGGCCAUGGCAGGUGGGUUGGAGGUUUCUGGGCAAUCACCAAUGUGGAGGUGCCAUCAUCAACCCAAUCUUGAUUCUUACUGCAGCUCCCUGUGUCCAUUUAAAAAAUUAUCCACUCUUCUGGACUAUUAUCAUUAGGGACCAUGACAGAACCCUGACAGAAUCAACUGAGCAGGUGAGAAGAGCCAAACACAUCCUGGUUCAUAAAGACCUUGAUAUGCAGAGCUAUGACUCUGACAUUGCCCUAAUACGACUGAGCUUUCCUCUGGAAUACAACUCAGAGGUGAGGCCAGUGUGUCUCCCACACGGCACAGAGCCUCUGCUUUCCUCCGAGAUCUGUGCUGUGACCGGAUGGGGAAGCAUUAGCACAGAUGGUGGCCUAGCAAGUUGCCUACAGCAGAUUCAAGUGCCCGUGGUAGAAGAGGUCUGUGAAUGCACUUACUAUUCUGCUCUUCCAAGAGAGAUCACCGAGAAGAUGCUCUGUGCUGGCUUUGCAGUGUCUGGAGGGAAAGAUUUCUGCAGGGGAGACUCUGGUGGGCCAUUAGUAUGUAGACAUGAAAGUGGUCCCUUUGUCCUCUAUGACAUUGUCAGUUGGAGAAGUAACUGUGUCCAGCCAUGGAAACCAGUUAUAUUUAACAGGGUAAGGGUCUUCUUGGACUGGAUCCAAUCCAAAAUCAAUGGUCCUGCUUCACUUCAGGCAAAUAAUAAAAGCAAAACCUUAACAAAACAAUUGUCACCACUCAGACCUUCAACAGAUUGUGCAUCUGAGUCAGGCUGUUGCCCUGAAGUGGAACUAGAAGAGCCCAGAGGCUUUUUUCCAAAUCCAGUAUAUCCACUGGACUAUAGAGGAAAAUUGGAAUGUUCUUGGGUUCUCAAAGUCUCACCAAGCAAUAUAGCAAAAUUUACCUUUCAGUAUCUGUCACUCCCUGGGACUCAUAUGUGUCGAGACUCAGUUCUGACUAUUUAUGAAGAAAGCCACAGUGAGAGGAGGAUGUCAGGUGAAUUAUGUGGAAGGAGCCUUUACCCGAUGAUUUUCAUGAGCUCUGGACCACUGGUGAGGGUGACAUUUCAUUCCUUUGUGCAAGGUGCUUUUGACAUAAGCUAUAUUGUCUUCAGAGUCCAAGGUCCAAAGGGCAGUAAAAUAAUGAGAUUUCCCCAAAGUUCAAACCAAGAGCACAUCAUCACUUGUGAGAAUGUUCUUCUGACCAAGCCAGCAGGAAUCAUACAGAUCCCAAAAUAUUCUCAUGAGACCGCUGUGAGCUGCCACUGGAUGUUAGUAGCCCGUUUAAAUCACAUCAUUCGCCUUGAUAUUAUCAACUUCCAGAUGAAGCCAGCACCCUUAUCCUGUCAUAGUCACCUGUGUAUUUAUGAAGGAUUUGGACCAGAAGAUGAAUUUUCUAAAAUUGCACAGCAGGCCAAAGUACUGCUGAUCAGUAAUACGUCUUGUCGAAGCUACUGGGGGCUGGAUAUUAAAAACCCCAACAUAUGUGGAGGAGCUGCAGGAUCAUCUUCUUGCACGGGAGACUCUGGAGGACCUUUGCAGUGUGCCCAGGAUGGGCAGUACAGGCUCGCUGACAUCGUGAGCUGGGGCAACAGUAACUGCCAUCCCAGCACGCCAACUGUCUUCAUGAGAGUUUCUCCCUAUAGGGACUGGAUCACAUCUGUCACUGCAGAAGCGUGA